GAAAUGUAAUCUAUUCAAUUCGUGUUCGUGGACACGUAUUUCCCUUCUUUCGAUCUAAUGUAUUUCAAUAGGAAGCAUCUUUUGAGUCCGCUCCACGUUUUUCUUUCUGCCACUCGGAAGCAUUCGGACAGUAAACUAAAUACUACAGUACCCAUGAGCCUUUUCUAUUUUUACUAUGUUGAUGACGUCAGCUAAAACUACCUGUUGACCCACCGCCGAUUCUCUUUUAAUGACAUCCUCAUCUUUCUUUCAACACAUAAACACGAAAGUGUGCUUGAUAAUGCAACAAUACGAUGUCAUAACCAUCCGUGUUAUUUCAUUCUCCUUCUAUUGUGAGAACGGGGGAUUAACUGUGAUUAUUAAGUCAAUUAAAAUAAUAUAAAAAAUAAAUUAAAUUAAUUAGUGGACGCCCGCAUUACCCGUGAGCCUCAGCGGAGACGGCUGCUAUGGAGACGGAGCCAGCCCGCUUUGCGAUUGGUUGAUUUCUGCAGGCCGCGAAUUCUCCUUCAUUGCGCUCAACCCACUACCCAGGUAAGCCACGAGACUUGAAUGUAAUGAUCAAAUUUGUUUAAAUGUUAUAAUUGAUGCUUUUCUUUGGGAUUAGACUCACAUGGUUUACAUGUUAGAGCAAAGAAUUAAAGGCCGACCGACGGUUUGCAUUUUAACAGUAAAAAAAAGAAGAAAAAAAACCACGCGCCUUUUGUGCAGUCAUACAGAAAAUGGGAAAAACGUGAAUUUUAUUGGUUUAUUAAGUAUUUUAAGGAUAAUUUGUCACAUUUUAAACAUUUUUUCAACAUGUCUAGCCUUCACUACAUAAUGAACUUUUUCUGUUCUCCCUGCAGAUCCCGUCUAACUUCACCUUCACCCUAUAUAAUCACCUCAUUCCCAAAAACCAAAGGCACUUUUAAGAGCCAACCUCUCUAUCUAUCUAUCUAUCUAUCUAUCUAUCUAUCUAUCUAUCUAUCUAUCUAUCUAUCACACACACACAACCUCUCUGUUCAUCUAUAUUUCUAUCAAUUUCUUCAAUAUCUAUCUGUUCUCUAUCUCUAUUUCUCAAUCUUUCCUCUCUUUCUGUCAUUGUCUACUUGUCUGUUAUCUGUCUCUGUCUGUCAGUCUGUUUGUCUGUAUUUGUCUGUGUUGCAAUGGCCACCAGAUAUGUCUUUGACCCACAAAACCCCCAGUACCAAGAGGGGAGACGCAUGGUUCUUGAAAUGGAACUUGACCGCCUUACAGCUGAAUCCAAGAGAGCAGCUUUGGAGAGGAAACGUGCAGGCUCUGGAGGAGAACCUCCACGGACUUCUAAAAGGGUCUUUAGAGUGGUAGGUCGUGGCAAGCCAAGGGGAAGGCGAGGAGGGCAACGCAAAGCCUCAGCUACAGUCACAUACCCUCCGGUUGAGUGUUCUCUGUCAUCCAGUGUGGAGGUUCCCUCAGAAAUACUAAAUCCUCAAGAGGAAUUUGAGAAAAAUAUGGAGAGGCUCUCAAAUAUUUUGGCAUCAUGUCUUUCUGCUGAGUCUCAAAGAAGCUCUGCUUCAUCAUGGUCUUUUCGGAAGCAGAAAGCCUCAGAGCGCUGGAAAGAGGCAAGACCGUACCACCUACAAUGCCUUAUCGCAAAGGAGGCUGUUGGUCAUCCCUUGUGUUGCCUUUGCCACGAGCCUGCUGUUAUUAGGUGCAGAGAGUGUCUUCCUGAGGAUUGGUUCUGUGGGGACUGUGAUGUAUUGCAUCACAUAAAACAGCCACUCCACAACAGGGAAAGUGUGAUUCAUGGGUUUUUUGAAGCCAUUCCUCCAACCUCAUGCAUCAUGAAAGGAGAAGGUGGAUAUUGCACCCAUGAGCAAGCAGCCAGUUACAGAUAA